UGUAAAGUAAUUGGAUUUAUUGAAAAGAAAUUUCAGUGGGAUUAAUUAUUAUCUUGAAUAAUUGUUUAACAUGUUCGUUGCAAAAAGUCAUACUGUAUUUUUCGUGGUAAACUUGAUUACAGCAGUAAUCAUUGCAUUAGUAAUAGUCGCUGCUGGACUGUUUAUGUUGUCAGAAGAAGCCAAUUCUUUGAUAUUACGUAAAACAAUAAAAUUGUUCGAGAAACAUGUUGUCCCAUCGACUCCACACUAUGGUGAUGGUGUGGGAAAGCUGAUUUUGACAGUUACACAACAGUUUAGCAUUGUGAUAUUUGCAUGCAGUUUAGGCAAUUUACUUAUUUGUAUUAUUGGAUUGAUUGCUGUUUGGAAUCAGAAAUCAACUAUAUUAAAUAUUUAUCAAAUAAUACUGGGAUUUCUUCUUCUUAGCCAUUUAAUGCUGAUUAUUGGAUACUAUUUCAGUAGACAAACUAUUAAAACUUAUUUGGAGAAGUUCAUUCGGCAAUACAUGUCCGAAUAUGUCUCAUUGACAAGUGGGACUCCGGCAAGUUUAUUUACUGGCAGUGUAAUGGCUUUGUUAAAUUGUUGUGGAGCCAGAGAUGAUGAGUUUUAUUGGGAAUUUUCCAAAUUUGAUCCGAAUGAUGCAUAUGAUAACAUAGUUUAUAAAGGAAUACAUUUGCCUGUAACAUGUUGUAGAAUGAAUAAUAUGUUGGAAAUAAUUAAUACAACAUGUCCAUUUCAGUAUACAAUAUACAAUAGUAAUAUUGGAAUUGGUUGUGAUAAGCCAUUUUCAGAAGAAAUAACCUUUCAUACAGACCAAAUGGUGCUUGGAAGUAUUGGAUUAUUAUUAAUCAAUGUAAUCAUGUUAUGUAUUGGAGUGAGAGCAGUGAAAGAUUUCUUUUCUAUUCGUCCAUAACAGACAGAUCAACAUUUAUCAUUCAUUUUCCACUAUGAAUGUAUCGAUCGAUAAUUGUUUUUUGUUCAAUCAACAAAUUUUUGAAUUAAACAAAUUUGAAUAUUGAAUGUUGAAAUGGU